GCUCCCAAACACACGACCAAGACGAUAAAAUGAAGAGAGACGAGCAUUUUUGAAAUUCAGACGGUACUGUCGUGUUCAAGAUACGUAAUGUUGGCUUCCAUGUCGAGAAAGACAUCCGCGCGCAGUGCUUGAUGGACGUUCGCGACUAGUUCUUUCAAUCGCAGCUGCAGAAUGUCAAGAAUGUGGACGGAUGCCCCUCAUCGAUUUCUUCGACUCUCCCGCUGAGUUUCGAGUUCUACCAUGUGAGGGUUCUCAGAAAUGGAAGUUCCGCGCAUGGAUAACGGGUCUCCGGUCUGACUGAUCACUCAUGUACAGUUUCGACAGCUGUUACGCGUCAAGAAGAUGUCUUUCGAGAUUGUUGCGGCACUGGCUCCCCCAUCUCACAGGUACGGAGUUGAGGACGUGAAGGAUGUUCUUAUGCCCAGCGUUUGCGCAGACCUUCAAACGUUUAUGAACACGCAGAUGGAUCUUAGGGUGGUGGCAGUGUCCCAUGAGCUACACGCUCUCCAACGCCAUCGCAGCCGUUAGUAUCGCGCGCUAUGUAUAUACCGAUGCAUCUGUUGCACUCUGGACACAUAAACUCAUGGUGCGCCGCAUCCGCCGGGAGAAUAGUGCACUUGAGCCUCUGUUCUUUAAAGAACAUCGAAAGACACAAUCUGAAAAAAAAAACCCCCUCGAUAAAACUUUCAGUUUUCUCAAUGUCGAGACGUACUGCGACAACGAGAACAACCUCUGCACUGCCCUCACGGGGGAGUCGUGUGGUGCAGCCGGCCAUGCAUCAGUCGAGGAUGAAUUGGAGGUCACCAUUCAGGAGCCUUCCAGCAAUCUGACGGAGACUCUGGUGCAGGCAGAACCACAGCACCAGGACUCCCCAAGCUUGCCACAUCCUGAACAUCACCCAUCAUUGGGCGAACAUGAUGAUGUGGCUGGACCAGCAGAUGAAAAUGUCGAAAAUGUACCUCGUGAGACUGAGGGUGAUGUCGAAUCUCAGUCUGAACCACAGGGGACUGAAGACCCACUGCCAUCUGAGCCACAAAUGGCAGAGCAGCAUCAGCUGUUGGCUCCCGAGGAAUAUACUCGAGAGGUCCAUGGACACCUGAUGGCGCUGCAAAGGGACAUCAUGCAUACAGACACAUCAGGAAAAUUAAAGCUGACUUGUAUGACUUUUUUAGUGAUUAUUCAAGCUAUGCAGAGCCAAAAAGUGCAUCAGAUGAAAGGAGGUCCCCUGCUCUUGUGGCACUUUUGA